AAGCGGAGCGGGAGGCGUGGUCGGGUGUUUCCGGCGCGGCGGCGGAAAUGGCCGAGGGCCGGCGGUGGCGGCCAUGUUGGGAGCCGCUGGGUGCUGAGGAGGCGCGAGUGUGAGGCGGCGGCGGCCGGGCCCGGCGGACUCGCCGCCCCGCUCCCCCCCUUCUCCUCUCCCGUCCCCCCCCUCCCCAGCCUCCCCCAUGCCGCUGGCCUGGCCUCCCCCCGCUCCCUGAGCGCGGCCCGGGGUUCCCUCUCCCCCACCUCCCCCCUCCCCGCACACCGCGGCUUCCCCCUAUCGCGAUAGUCGGCGGCGGUGGGGGGGGGGCCGCCAUGUCGAGCAGCGGUCGCAGCCCUCUGCCUACCCUUAACGAGAGAGACGCGGAACAGCCGGGUCCUGCGGAGGGGAAGGGCGGCGGGAAGGCCAACAUGCUGCGGGGCCGGAAUUCGGCCACCUCCGCUGACGAGCAGCCCCACAUCGGCAACUACCGCCUGCUGAAAACCAUCGGCAAGGGCAACUUCGCCAAGGUCAAGCUGGCCCGGCACGUCCUGACCGGCAAGGAGGUUGCCGUGAAAAUCAUUGACAAGACGCAGCUCAACUCCUCCAGCCUGCAGAAGCUCUUCCGGGAAGUGCGAAUAAUGAAGGUCUUGAACCACCCCAACAUAGUGAAGCUCUUCGAGGUGAUCGAGACGGAGAAGACGCUUUACCUUGUCAUGGAGUACGCCAGCGGGGGUGAGGUUUUCGACUACCUGGUGGCCCACGGGCGCAUGAAGGAGAAGGAGGCCCGGGCGAAGUUUCGACAGAUAGUGUCGGCCGUGCAGUACUGCCACCAGAAGUUCAUUGUCCACAGGGACUUGAAGGCGGAAAACCUACUGCUGGACGCCGACAUGAACAUCAAAAUCGCCGAUUUUGGCUUCAGCAACGAAUUCACCUUCGGGAACAAACUGGACACGUUUUGUGGGUCCCCCCCCUACGCCGCCCCCGAACUCUUCCAGGGGAAGAAAUACGACGGCCCCGAAGUCGACGUCUGGAGUUUGGGCGUCAUCCUCUACACCCUGGUCAGCGGUUCCUUGCCCUUCGAUGGGCAAAAUCUUAAGGAGUUGCGGGAGCGGGUGCUGCGGGGCAAGUACCGGAUCCCCUUCUACAUGUCCACCGACUGCGAGAACCUGCUGAAGAAGUUUCUCAUCCUUAAUCCUACCAAAAGGGGCACCUUGGAGCAAAUCAUGAAGGACCGCUGGAUGAACGUGGGCCACGAGGAUGACGAGCUGAAGCCCUACAUGGAGCCCGUGCCAGACUACAAGGACCCUCGGAGGACAGAGCUGAUGGUGUCCAUGGGGUACACGCGGGAGGAGAUCCAGGAGUCGCUGGUGGGGCAGAAGUACAACGAGGUGAUGGCGACCUACCUGCUGCUGGACCACAAGAGCUCGGAGCUGGAGGAGAGCCUGGCGCUGAAGCCGCGGGCGGCCCCCGACCUGGCCAACAGCUCGGGCCCCUCCCCGGCGCACAAGGUCCAGCGCAGCGUCUCCGCCAACCCCAAACGCCGCGUCAGCGACCAGGCUGGCCUCUCCAUCCCCACCUCGGCCUCCUACUCCAAGAAGACGCAGGCGGCCAACGCCGAGAACAAGCGAGGAGGAGGCGGGGAGGAAGAGGGGGGGCGGCGGGCAGGCAGCACCGCCAAGGUGCCCCCCAGCCCCCUGCCCGGCCUGGAGCGAGCCAAGGGCACCCCCUCGCCCUCCACGAACAGCGUCCUCUCCACUGGCACCACGCGGAGCCGUAACUCCCCGCUGCUGGACCGGGCCAGCCUGGGCCAGAGCUCCCUGCAGAACGGCAAGGACAGCUGCCGACCCUCACCCGCCGCCCCCCCGGCCCCCGGGGCCCCCCCGCGGUCCCGGCAGCACCCGAAACCCGCCGCCACCACCCCCGCCGAUGCCAACUGCGAGGCCCCCCGGCCCAGCGGGGUGCCCAGCCGGGUGCCGGCGGCGUCGCCCUCGGCCCACAACGUCAGCCAGGGCCCCGGGGAGCGGCCCAGCUUCCCGCGGGGGGUCUCCAGCCGCAGCACCUUCCACGCGGGGCAGCUGCGGCAGGCGCGGGACCAGGCCCCCCUGCCCUACGCGCUGCCCCCCGGCCUGCCCCCCGCCUCCCCCUCCGGCGCCAGCCAGGGCCGCCGCGGCCCCUCCGCCAGCCUCUUCAGCAAGUUCACCUCCAAGUUCGUCCGGAGAAAUCUGUCUUUCAGGUUUGCCAGAAGGAACCCGCACGAGCCCGAGAGCAAGGACCGGGUGGAGACGCUGAGACCGGCGGUAGGUCCGGAGAAGGACCCGCGGGAGGGCGGCGGCGGCGGCCGAGAGGCCAAACCCCGGUCCCUGCGUUUCACCUGGAGCAUGAAGACGACGAGUUCCCUGGAACCCGGGGAGAUGCUGCGCGAGAUCCGGAAGGUUCUGGACGCCAACAGCUGCCGUUGCGAACCCCAGGAGCGGUUCGUGCUCCUCUGCGCCCACGGGGCCCCCGGCCACGACUCCUUCGUCCAGUGGGAGAUGGAGGUUUGCAAACUCCCCCGUCUGUCCCUCAACGGCGUCCGCUUCAAACGCAUCGCCGGCACCUCCAUGGCCUUCAAGAACAUCGCCUCCAAGGUGGCCAACGAGCUCAAGCUCUGAGAGGGGACACGUGGUGGCGCCGCCGCCCCCCCGGGGACACGCGCACGCUCGCCCGAGGCGGGGGACGAUGCUCUGGAUGGACGGGGAUGGGGAGGGGAGGAGGCCCGGCGGCCCGAGGAGCUGCGGGGACGUUCCAGGUGGAGCUGGGACCUCGGGGUGUCCUCCACCGAGCUGGGACCCUCUGGGGACGUCCUCAGGGGACCUGGGACCUCACACUGUCCUCAUUGGAGCGGGGACCUCAGGAUGGACCCGGGACCUCGGGAUGUCCCGGAUGGACCUGGCACCCUCUGGGGACAUGCUGCAUGGAGCUGGGACCUCGGGAUGUCCUGAAUGGACCUGGGACCUUCCGGGGGACAUCAGCGAUGGACUUGGGGACAUGGGGCCAGCCUGGGUGGCCCAGAUCCACACGAGGACAUCCUGGGUGGCCCAAAGACCUGUGGGGACAUCCUCUAUGGACAUGGGGAUGUCCUGGGUGCCCCGGGGCCUCAUGAGGACGUGGGGGACAUCCUGGAUGGCCCAGGACCCUGUGGGGGACGUCCUCCAUGGACAUGGGGACAUCCUGGAUGGACCAGGCCCCCCCUGGGGCCAUCCGUGGUGGCCCAGGGACAUCUGGUGACGUCCUCGAUGGCCUUGGGGACCUGUGGGGACAUCCUGGGUGUCCCCAGGGCCUCACAGGGACAUCUCCGGUGGCCACUGGGGACAUUCCCGAGCCUUAUGGGGGGGGGGGGGGGGAUGGGACAACCUGGGGACAGUGGGGGGGGGCACACAGAGGGGGAUGGCCCGGAGCCUUACGGGGACACCCCGCCGUGGCCUUAGGGGCCUUGGGGACAUCCUGAUGUCACAGUCGUGUCCCACCCCACGCGCCCCCCCCCCCCCCCCCCCCCGGGUGGCCUUAGGAGCUUUGGGGACAUUCUGACGUCACAGCCCCACCCCCCCUCGCCCCGGGUGUCCUGCCCCUCCCCCCCCACUCAGGAAGGUCCCCGGGGGGGGGAGGGGUCCUGCUGCUGCCGGGGGGAGGGGCCGCCCCCCCACACCCCGGGGGGGGGACGGUGCCGCCCCCUUUGACCUGCUGUAGCCCCGCCCCCGGGGUCACUGGACGCCUGGGGCCCCCCGGGGGGUGGGGGGGGAGGCGGGGGCGAACCUGCCCUUUACAUACCUCGGGGGGGUCCG